AACGCUUCUCUAUUGCGGCGAUUUGACAGGUCAGCUUCGAGCCACUUUUUAGCUUUCCGAGUAGCGUAUUUUCAUUUUAUUUUGUGUUAUCCUUUCAUUUACGCGUAAUAAAUAACAUGUAUGUAGUUGUAACAGUAGAGUGAUUAGUUAAUUAGACUAUUUGUAAGUGCACUUACAGUGUUACAUAAACAGUAGGGGGCUAAUCGUUUCGGCAAUCCCGAUGCAUAUAACUACAUAGUACGUCAGUGAACGAAUGGUGGCAUUAAGAUAAUGGAUGUGGAUGCUCCUAACAUAUUAAAAAGGUGCAGCAGUGCACCGUUAAUCAAUGAGGCAGCCUCUACGGCAGCCACAUCGCCCACGACGAACGUAGCGCCCAGGAACACGUCAAUAUUCAGCAUGUUCUCCAACAACAACCUGACGCGCACGCGCAGGCAUAGCGGCACCUUCGGCCCCGUCACCUCGCCCGUCAAUGUAGCUAGCUCAUGGGCGCGGAUGGCUCCCCGAGUGAACCAGCUGCGAGCUGAAGAGUGCGCCGACGUGAGCAACACGCGCGAGGUGGCGCACGAGAGAGAGAUACACACGGCUAUGCAGAUGGGGCAGUCCUGUGAGGAUCUGACCUUGGUGGCCGGACUCGCUAAUUCACCUACUAGGAUACCUAGGUUUUCACCUGUUGUCUCCCCUUCCCCGACACGGAAAUACACGACGCGGCGGAGUUUAUCGCCCAUCGCGAUCCGCGCGUCGAGCUUCAGUCCGGUGAGCCGGCCCAACAUGCUGCCCAACAAGCGGCGCUGCGACGAGGCCGACUCGCCGCUGUCCAAGCGCAUGUGCACGUCCGACAGACUCACGCCGUCCACGCCCGGCACCCCCGACUCCGACUCCCUCGAGUGCACCUUCAGGCCGGUCUCCCCUCGAGUGCAACCCAUGAACGAGUGCUCCCACGAAUCCACAGAUGUCCCCCAGAACCACAAAUCCUCCAACCCCAGCUAAUAGUUUGUAAUCCACCACAGAAUUCACAGUUGAAGUUUUCGCGCAAAUUAUCGAAAUAUCUCUUGCCAACUUGUCCGGAUUUACUGUCCAAUUUUAUUACGUGGACGUUUAUAUUUUAUAGCGUUUAGAAUAGUAGCUUUUAUAAAAUUACCAUUAAGAUCUAAUGUUUGUCGUGGAUAGUGUUUGCGCUAAAGUUUCGACUGAAAUUCUUAAGCUACGGGUUUGAAUGGCUCUGUGAUACUGAUGCGGCUUCUAAUAUUAUACGUGGAGGUAUAGCGAGCUAUUACAAGCCCAGUAUUACUCUUCAUAGGGUUCAAAUUCGUGUAUUUGUUCCAAUACAGUAGCCUAUCACGUUGGUUCCUACGAACUUGAAAUUAUUAACGUAGUUUUAUAGGAAUGAACUGUAAAGCGGUCUCUUAUGGCUUGGUGUUCUGCUAAAUAUCAUUUCCUAUCACUUUAGAAUAUUAUAUUAUUUUUCAAUUACCCGAAAAUGUCUAAAAUGUUGUUUUGAGGCUGGCUGGAGUCAACAACAACAAUUAAGAUGUUAUGUCACACCACUAUUAUUGUUUACCUUUAUUUAAAAGUCCUUAAAUCGAUAUUUUAUUUAGCAGCACACCAAAUAACUUGACGAGACAGACUUAAGCGAGUGCCCUAUUGUUAGCCAAAGCAUCCAAAACUUUAUUGUAAAUAUAACUAGAAGCGUUCAGUGUAUAGAACGCGUAAUGUAUAUAAUUUAUAUCGAUAAGUUAGCUUAGUGAACACUCGAAAGCGUGUAGGUAUUAUUGCAGAAGCGAUAACUUCGUAGUUAUGUUUAUAGUCAUUGGUAUUUAAAUGUAUCUCGUUCGCGUUGCGGCAAUAUGUUGCGUGCUUUUACACUUGGUAAGAAAAUAUUGAAAGGUUUUUUUUGGUUGAUAUUGUCAAAUAUUUCUGUGAUUUCAGGUUUAUUGUCGUAAUGUGGAGUGGCUUGCAUGGUUUCUGGAACAUUAAUUGAUCAUUACACUUUUUUGUAAUCGAAUAUUUAAUAAUUUUUUAAUCAUCAUUACUUAAAUCAAUAGCACAAAUAAUUCUUGUUUAUACUUAUAUUUUCAUAAAAUUGCAUUCGGGAGCUAUGCAAGCCGCAUUGAUGAUUGAAUUAAUCCGCCGAUCUUAAUUUAAAUUUAAGUUAUAAUGUGUUUAUAACCAAACAGUCACCAUUACUGACAAAGUGAAUGAUUAACAGUCUUAUUGUGCCACCUCAUGAAUUAGGGCAAGUACUAGUUAUAUAGGUGAACUUACAUGUUACGGUUUUGUAGAAGUGUCUUAUUUAUGCAGGUAGAAAAGGCAAGACAAGUAAAAAGAAGAUUAUUGACAUGAAGUGAUGCUUAACGAUUUUGAAUCAUUUCAGUAGAGUGGGUAUUUGUUUAUCUUGAAAUACAUCUUGUUGUAACUAGAAUCUAAUUCAGUUCAUAUUUCUACUAUUCACAGCUGCAAUUUCAAAUAACUCAGCAACUGCCUGAAUCAAAGACACUUCUAAACGAAUUCCGGCCAUGCUCGCUCAUGUCCGUACGAUGUGCAAUAUUUAAUUUCAAUAAUAACCUCCGAACUACCGUAACAUGUAUAACUACCGUAGAAAUAACAUCGCCUUAUCUGACUAUUUGAUAUCUUAGGAAAUGUGAUCUACAUAUUUUUAGCUCUAGAUGACCCAACUUUUGUCUACAUGGUUAUAGAUCUAUGGGAAUUGUUAUUUAGGGACAAGGUUGUAGAAACUUUAGUUAUUCAUUAAAUCCGCAUUGAUGGGAGUUAUGGCAACAUUUUAUUGAAGAAAAAAAUAAUUCUAAGUUUGAAUUGGAUAUGGAGUUGUAGCUUUAUCUUGCUGGUCGAGUAUUCUGUCUAAAUUAUUUGUAUUAUUAUACUUACCAUAGAAUUUCAAUUGGUAUGUUAUUUAAUUUACAUUUAAAAAUGUUGCCUGGACCAUAUCAGUCAUCAUCAUAAACAUUAGUGACAAUAGUUUUUGGUUAUCAUCAAUGUGGAUGCAGCAGAGCCAGUAAGCAAUUCCUGUAUCACUUGUUCUAACAGACUGCAAAUUAUAUUUUAAUUUAAUAAUUUUAUUGAUAAGACCUCCAUAUAGAACUUCCCAAUAAUUUUCAUCUCAUUUACAUUUUAAAAUUAUAAUUAUUUCUAUAUCAAUGAGCCAGAAAUUUGUUUUGUGAUUAAUACAAAAUUGAUGUAUUAUAACAGUUUUCUACAAUCUACUGAUGCUGACAUAAUUUUAAAUUGUUUUUUGGAAUACCUCACGGUUGCUAUCGUAACCCGUUCAUGCAUUUUGUUAAUAUAGUUUGUGCUAAUAUUAAGUUAGGCCAGGUAUAUGCCCACGAUAUCUUGUCCCGAGAGUACCUAUGUAUAAGUAGGUAUUGUAUCGUAAUUUUUUGUAUGUAAUUAGUCAAGACGUCAGGUUUGACUGCUGGAAAAAACUACUUUGUUUUCAAGUGUGAUUAAAUCACAACAUGAAUAAUU